UUCCCCCGCUCCCCCCCAGUCUCUCACUCCCCACUCUCCUGUUCCGCGGCCCCGACCCAGCGCUCCCCUCCCCCCUCUCGCCCCGCCUUGCCGCCGGCGACGAGCUCCAGCUCAGGUUGCCCUUUCCCACGGCCGGCGGAGGAGGACGCGGGCGGCAGAGGACAUGGAGCCCAUGAGCGUGGACAGCAGCGGCUGCGGCGGCCUGGACGCGCAGAUCGAGCAGCUCUUGCAGUGCCGCCCGCUCGCCGAGCAAGAGGUUAAAGCACUAUGUGAGAAGGCUAAGGAGAUAUUGAUGGAGGAAAGCAAUGUUCAGCCAGUGAAAAGCCCAGUGACAAUCUGUGGUGAUAUUCACGGACAAUUCCAUGAUUUUGUUGAGCUUUUCCGGAUUGGCGGGAAGUGUCCUGAUACUAAUUAUUUGUUUAUGGGGGAUUAUGUGGAUCGUGGAUACUACUCUGUUGAGACUGUUUCGCUCUUGGUAGCACUGAAGGUUCGCCACCCACAUCGGAUUACAAUCCUCCGCGGAAACCAUGAGAGUCGGCAGAUCACACAAGUAUAUGGAUUCUACGAUGAAUGCCUACGAAAGUACGGCAAUGCAAAUGUAUGGAAGAUAUUCACAGAUCUUUUUGAUUAUUUCCCAUUAACAGCCCUGGUGGAAUCUGAAAUUUUCUGCUUGCAUGGUGGUUUAUCUCCAUCGAUUGAGAAUCUUGAUAGUGUGCGUAGCUUGGAUCGUGUCCAAGAGGUUCCACAUGAGGGACCUAUGUGUGAUCUUUUAUGGUCUGAUCCGGACGAUCGAUGUGGUUGGGGCAUUUCUCCUCGUGGUGCUGGCUACACUUUUGGGCAGGACAUAUCUGAGCAGUUCAAUCACACCAACAAUCUCAAACUUGUAGCCCGGGCUCAUCAGUUAGUCAUGGAGGGAUAUAACUGGGCUCAUGAACAAAAAGUUGUUACCAUAUUCAGUGCUCCAAACUAUUGUUACCGAUGUGGCAACAUGGCAUCCAUUUUGGAAGUUGAUGACUGCAAUGCUCACACCUUUAUCCAGGUGAUCACGACCCCUCGGAGAGGUGAGCCAGACGUGACAAGGAGAACGCCUGAUUAUUUCCUUUGAGUAAACUGGCUACACCAUUUCUCAGCUUGUAUUGCGAUAGUCCGCACCGAUCAGUGAGAUUCUGCUGGAUCCAAAUCUGCACAUGAGCCAACAAACAAUAACAAUGGGGUGUACCAGAGCCCUGUGUAAAAUUGACCCCCAUUGGUCAAUCCAAAAGACUGCUGCCAUCCUGAAACAAAAGAAGCUUCAUGCAGCCACCUGCUCUGAGUCCCAGGUGAAGAAAGGGCCAUCCAUGCACCCUCUCCCUCUAUACUUUGGCAAUUUCAUAGAGGCAUGGCAUUUUACAUUGGCAAAGACUGAACUCCUAUAUGUAGCUUAAGCUUGUAUCACUAGGCUUGUAAUCUGUAUUAUCGACUGUAAGAUACAGUUAAUUAAAUCAUAUUUCGGUAUU